AUGCAAGCCGGGGGCCUAAGGCGGUCGCCUUACUCGACCCCCAUAUCGCCGGCCCUGCACGUGAUGCACACGGUUGAAGACAUUAUCAAUACACUGAAUGGCGCAGCAUUCUCGAAGUUGGACCUGAACGAAGGAUAUCAGCUAGAACUAGAGGAGUCGUCACUGAGAAUAAAGACUUUCUCUACCCACUGCAGUCUAAGAAGAUACAAGAGGCUCUUGUUUGUAGUCAAUGCAGCAGCUGAGAUAUUUCAGAACAGCAUCAGCCAAGUUAUACCGGAUGAAGACAGAAUCAUCCACAUCAGUGAUGAUAUUCUGGUAUCCGGUCGAUCUAUAGAAGAGCAUGAUCGAAGGUUGCGUUUGGUCCUAAAGAACCUUGAAGAAGCAGGACUCACGCUAAACUUGAAAAAAUGCGUGUUAGGCUCUCGGAGUGUGAAAUUCUUCGGCCAUGUCUUUUCUGCCCAGGGAGUCACCAUUGACCCGUGA